AUGAAGCCGGCCAUAUACCUUGAUAAAGCAGCCUCGCACCGUAAUCAAAUCUCGAAAACAUCGAAUAAGGGCAUGCUUGCUCUGUGGUCUAUAAUAUCGGGUCGGAUGGUCAAAGUGAAUGUGCGGGUACCACGGGUAAUAUACGUGAAUGACCGAGAGGAAGAAGGAAGUGGCGGUGUGUUGGUGAAACGUAUUCUUCCUCGGCUGAAGCCUAUUUUUAAUCUUCGACGAUAUACGAUCGAUGAGCGGGUGUUUGAGUCGAGCUUAAACCGGUUGAACAGGGAGCUGUGUGCAAUGCGAAUUGAGGGUGUUUACGAAUCGCAAGUGCCACCACUGUUUCGAGCUUUGCUUAGCCUGGGCUGUAGCUGUCGGCUGAAGCCCGAUGUGGAGUAUGCCGCAUCAGCAACAUAUGAUUUUGAGCAGCUCGAAUCGGAUUUUUCGGUGGAUUAUCUUCCAGAAAACAGUACUCACAAGUUAUUUUUUUAUGAACAUCAACAGGGCAGACGAGGCGUUAUGGCCUUUUUCAGUACUGCUGCAAAAGAAGCAAAUGUAAUUGUGGUGAAUAAAACUCAGUUAGAAUUGCCGAAUCUGAUAAAUUUGUAUAACACCGAGAAAGCGGCUUUGUAA